GGUCUCCUGAUGCCCAAUUAUCAUUCUCACUUGGCUGCAGUGAAGUUUUACAUCGCCUGGAAUGUUCGCUUUUUUUCCCCUAUCGUGCGUAUUUCGUGUUUUGUGCAAAGUGUCAGCGCGGAUAUAUCCGAAUAAACAUGUUGUUAGCCGACAGUUAAAUAUUUACUACGUGUUGAUUGGGCUGUGAGGGGACCCUGGUAAUCGGUGAGAGAACGGCGGCGUGUUCCCAUAGAUACAUCCCAACAGAUAAGCUCCCACGAUACUCCGCCUGCAGCGGGAGGAAGCGACGAGGAGCCGCUCGCUUUCACGCGGCGCCUGCAGCGAAGCGGCGCACACGCAGCGGACACUUCUGCGCCAUUUACUCGGUAGCGCGUUGAGAUUCCGCAAAAGCCCGCUCGCCUAUUUAAAGUUCGCAGCUACGUUCACGCGUUCGUGUUUUUAUUCAGCGGCCUAUUCCUUAACGCGCGGUCAACCCACCUUUUGCCCUGGACGCCAAACCGCGAGGUCCACGCGCUCGGCUCCACUGAACCAUACACAUUUGGCCCGGACCAACAAGCUCUAAUGUCAUUAUAAUGGCUUAUAAGCUCCUGGCUCGCAAUCGGGAUCGAGCUGUAGUAAGUUAAUUAUAACAAGGACCGCUGUUUCUCACGCGCCAAGCCGCCUUUACGCGCAACGAUGGGCUCGGAGAAGCCGAGCUUUCUGGCUCAGCCGGUCGUGAAGAGCAUUUUUGUGUUCAGAAACGGCGACCCGUACUACGAGGCCCGCCGGAUAGUGAUCAACCAAAAGCGCGUGUCCAACUUCGAGACGCUGCUGCGGGAGGUGACCGGCGGCGUCCAGGCUCCGUUUGGAGCGGUGCGGAACAUCUACACGCCGAGAGGAGGCCACAAGGUGGACAGCCUGGAGAGCCUGCGGAGCGGCGAGCAGUACGUGGCUGCGGGGAGGGAGAGGUUCAAGAAGCUGGACUACCAUCAGAUUACUUCCAGAAAGAAGAAAAUGCUGCUUCCAAUGCAGGCCAAGCCACUAAUGCAGAAUCGGAUCAUUGUGUCAGCUCGGUUCCUGAAACCCAUCAAGGAGCCAUGUACCAUAUUUGUGGUAGCAAACGGCGAUGUCCUGAAUCCCGCUAUGAGGAUUCUGAUCCACCAGAGGAUGCUGGGUCACUUUGAGAGGAUUCUAGAGAUGAUCACGGAGAAGAUGGGUCUGAGGGUCCUGGGGGGUGUUCGAAGCCUGUACACCUACGAAGGCCACCAGGUGACUGACAGGAACCAGCUGGAGAAGGGACAGCUCUAUGUGGCCGUGGGGAGAGAACGGUUCAAGAAGCUGCCCUACAGCGACCUACUGUUCACCAGACCCAGAGGACGGAGGAGGGUCAGUGGAGUGAAAGCUUACUUUCUACCACCACUUUACAAAUUCUCCAAGCAAAAUGGAAACACUUCGCCUUCCAAGAGCAAAUCCACCACUCAGUGCAGCGACAGCGGAGACGGGGACUCCAAGGCCUCUCCUCCAGGCCACGACGACGACAACAAGAGGGAGCAACUGUCCUCCAUCGUCAGGCAGAUCUCUCAGGCCCGGCUCAUCUCCCUCAGGAAGCGGAGGAGUGGACAGAGCGAGAUCCUGGGCAGCUCCGACCACGGAGAUGCAGAUGACCUCGAAACGAAAACUGAUGACACAAAUACUGAAAACAAAACCCUUAACAACUACACAGAUGAUGAGCAUCCUGCAGAUGCAAACAAUGAUGCAAAAGCCACACAGGAGCCGCAGGAAGAAAGUGUGGAGGCCACUGCUGAAAACACCACAGAAGAAGACACCAUGAUUGACAAAGAGGAAACCCAGGACAUGAAUGGUGAAAAAGAGGAAGGGGGAGAGAAGGAGAAAAGUUAUGACCAGAAUGAUGAGAGAGAGGGACGAGCCACAGUAGAGUCUGAGGAGAAGGAGGUAAAAGAAGAAAUGAAGGAAGAGGUCACUGAUGCAGGUGAGGGGGCGGUUAAGAGUGAGGAGCAGGGGAUCAGCCAUAGCAACAUUGAUGAGAUACAGGACAGUGAGGCGAGGGAAGAAGGGAGCAAUUCAUCUUCUGAGGGUGAAAAGGAUGAGCCAGACACAAGCAUGGGAAAAGAGAAGCCAGAUGAAGAUGCUGGAAGUGAGGAGAACGGCAGUAACGACCAAAAUAAUGAUGUAGACACAGGGGAGGAACAGAAAGACACAGAAACCAGCAAUGACCCAGAGAACACGGAGACAGAUAAUUAGACAAAAGAGAGUGAUAAGGGCAAAAGUAGCAGCAGCAACAGUAACCAGGAAGAAGACGAGCACAACAAAACUACCAAAGAGUCUGCGGAGGGAGGUGAACGGAGAGGUCGGUGAAGAAACAGGCGAGGUGGGAAGUGAAGCAGCGCUGGGAAUGACAAAAUGCGGCCAGUUGCACGGAUGCCACAGCAAAUGGGUAAAGAGCAAAGGCAGAGAUGAAAGGAAAAGGAGCAGGAUUAGAUACUGUAGUCAGGGAUGAGUGCAAAACAAAGUCAGAGACACCAGUAAUAAAUCCAGAAAUAUAUUUUUAGCUUCCUGUUUGUUUUUAACGGAUGAUAUCUUUGUCUAUAAACCAAUAAGCUAUAGUGCAUAAAACUCUACGUGUCUGAAGGUCAAGCUACUGUCAAUCAUAUGACUCAGAAUGAAUAUUUUAAAUAGUAUUUCUUUAUUAGUUAUUACUCACUAAAUGUGUUCAUAAUAAAGAGGCACCUGUAGCAACUGCUUUAAUUCUCUCUGUUCCUAUCAGAGCUUUACAGUCAGCUACAUGUAAAAGGAAUGUGAAAAUCUAUGCAAAUAAACUACAGUUUAAGUCCA